AUGACGAGAAUUCAUUGGCGGCAAGUGUCGAUUCGCAUUUUUAAAAGAAAAUAUCGAUUUCAGACCACGAAUCUUUUAAAUUUAAGUUUUCCCGACGAGAAUUCGAACGAAACGUACGUCGAGACUGAAAAUGGAGAUUCAAAUCUGGUACUCAACCGAGCUCCAGAGUCUCCACUUGAUGAUACGUCACAAAGAUCGAGUAAAACCGACCACAACAAUUUUAUAAUGGACUUUGAUGAGCUCGCCGAGUGUCCGAGAGAUUGCUCAGUGGAGCUCAAAGAUGCGCUCUCAAUAGCUCUUCAGGAUAUGAGCCAUAUCGAGAGAUAUUCGAAAAUUUGCGGAAAAUACAAGUCAACAUUGUCGUGUAUUCAUGAGGACGAGAAAUGCCUUGAAGAGGAUCGCGGAAUGUUCGAGACGAUGAUGAGCGGCCUUCAUUACAUGUGUGUCGAGCAAGAAUUAGCAUUCAAUGCGACGAUCAAAUGCAUCGACGAUGAGGCCGGCGUUGUGCAGGCAGAAUGCGAACAACAAUGCCAAACCAAAAAUCUAUUUAUGAAUUGGAUUAUGCGCUCCGCUUUCCAGGAUACCAUUCAGCAAGGUGUCAACGAUAUCGUCGGCGCUGCCACUGGCGCGAACGUCAAUCCGCUGGCGUUCAUGAAGUCCGGCGAACAGCAAUGGGCGAAUUUUCUGCAGUCGGCCGGCCAGCCGCCGAAAACGGACGCGGCUUCGAUGCAGCAGGGAAUGGAAAACUUCCGACAGUUCACUAACGAUUUGUGUCGAGUUGGCGAUUGCAUGCUGGAUUGUAUUCGAAGCAAAUUCAACACGAGGUGCGAAGGAAGCGCCGGAACACUGCUUUCAGAAGUCUUUGUGAGACCCAUCGCGAUGAGCCAGAACAAACUCACCGUUCUCCGACCGGUUUUGGGCAUCUUCAUGCCCGAUCAAUGCAAUUAUGUGUAUAACAAUGCAGCGUUGAAGAAGCAUCGAAUCGAUUCACAAAUGGAUACUGAGCUUAAACGGAUGUAUAGGGAGAAAUUCGACAAGGAGAUCAAAGAGCGAGCCGCUCAGGAUGAGCUUUUGGCCAACAUGGUGCCUCUUGAUCAAAACGGAGUUCCUCUUGCGAGAGCGAUUCCGGAGAUUUAUGAUGCCGCUGAUUCUCCAUUGGACGCCAGCGAGAUGAGCCUUGAAAGGAUGAUUUUAGAUAAGAAUGAGACGGAAACGCAUAAGCAAUCGAACGAAAACACUGAAGAAAAAUCUAGUAAAUAUGACGUCAAAAAAGUACCUGCUAAAACGAAAUAUGAAAAGAAAAUUGAGGCAAAUAAGCCAACUGAAGAGCAUUCUGAAGAAUUAGAAUCAUCGGGAGUCGCAUCAGUGGAUGUUGAAUACUCUGGGGAAUCUUCUGGUGACACGGAAUCAUCAGGAGAAAGAUUCAAAGAAUCUUCUGGAGAUGUGGAAGCAUCAGGAGAAACUUCAGACGAUUCAUUUAGUGAAGCUUCGGGCGACUCAUCCGGUGAUGGAGAGGCUUCUGGAUCUCUUGAAGACCGCGAAUCCUCAGGGGAAGGAUCGGGAGAAUAUGAAUAUCUGCCACUUUUGUAA